CCUUUCCUGGGCACGGCUAUGGAGCCGCGGCGGCCGCGGCCACGUUACCACGCUCAGUCCUCGCCGCCUGGUCGCGGUGGGCGGGAGAACAAGGGGCUCCGUCGGAAGGGCCCGCCGGGGAGUGGACUCCUUGGCGGCCCCGAGGAGGUGGCGGACGGCAGGAAACCCAAAUUCCACUUAAAUAUCAAGACACUGACAGAUGAUGUGUUGGAUAGGUUUGCCAGUAUAAGAAUUCCAGGAAGUAAAAAGGAACGACCUCCUCUGCCGCAUAUGAAGCAUUCUCAUUCUACAGAUUGGUCAUCCACACCUAUGGACACAGAAGAUUUUGCUCCAAAGACCCUGUCAGAAAGAGAAAUUAUAGUGCUGUUUGAAAAAAUGAUGGAAGAUAUGAAUUUAAAUGAAGACAAGAAGAUGCCAUUGAGAGAAAAGGAUUUUAAUACCAAAAAAGAAAUGGUGAUGCAAUAUAUUAGCACUGCUUCCAAGUCUGGAAGCCUUAAGAGCAGUCGAAAGAUUUCACCCCAAGAGUUUAUUCAAGACUUAAAAUCUGGGUUAACAGAGGAAAGACUAGUCACUUGCCUAGAAUCUCUUCGUGUGUCCUUGACUAGUAAUCCUGUCAGCUGGGUUGAAAACUUUGGCCGAGAAGGUCUAGGGCUGCUGUUGGAUGUUUUGGAAAGAUUGGUUGAUACAAAAAACCAAGACAAAGUUGUGAAGAGGAGUCAGCAUAAGGUUAUACAGUGUUUGAGAGCCUUCAUGAAUAAUAAGUAUGGAUUGGAAAGAAUUCUAGGAGAAGAGAGGAGCCUUCUCUUGUUGAUCAAAGCAAUUGAUCCCAGGCAAGCUAACAUGAUGACGGAUAUAGUUAAACUCUUAUCUGCAAUGUGCAUUGUUGGAGACGAAAACAUCCUUGAAAAAAUUUUGGAAGCUAUAACAGCAGCAGCAGAAGAAAAGAAUGUUGAUAGAUUCUCUCCUAUUGUAGAAGGCCUUCAGGAUAACUCAGUUCAGCUGCAAGUAGCUUGCAUGCAGCUCAUCAAUGCUCUCAUUACAUCUCCUGAUGACUUGGAUUUUAGGCUUCACAUCAGAAAUGAAUUUAUGCGUAGUGGAUUGAAAGAGAUAUUGCCACAAUUGAAAUGUAUAAAAAAUGAAGCAUUAGAUAUUCAGUUGAAAGUCUUCAAUGAGCAUAAAGAAGAAGACAUGAUUGAAUUCUCUCACCGUUUAGAAGAUAUUAGAUCUGAACUAGAUGAAGUAAAUGAUGUUUACAACAUGGUGUGGAAUACAGUUAAGGACACUAAUGCUGAAGGAUAUUUUCUUUCUAUUCUCCAACAUCUUUUGCUGAUAAGGAAUGAUUAUUUUAUACGUCCGCAGUAUUUCAAAUUAAUUGAAGAGUGUGUAUCCCAGAUAGUGUUACAUCGAAGUGGAACAGACCCAGAUUUCACGUAUCGUAAAAGAUUAGAUAUAGACUUCAGCCACUUAAUAGAUAUCUGUGUAGACAAAGCAAGAUUAGAAGAAUGUGAAGAGAGGGCUUCUGAACUUUCUAGAAAAUUUGAGAAAGAUUUUGUAGUUCAUCAGGAAACUCAGGCCCUACUGCAAAAAAAAGAAGAACGAAUCAGUGAACUUGAAGCAGAAUUGCAAGCUUUUAAGUCACAGUAUGGCUCCUUACCACCUGGUUUUCUACCAUCAUCAUGUGGAGAUGCAUCUUUUGUUCCACUGGAAGCUGCAGGGUCACGUCUACUUCCACUGCCACCGCCUCCUCCACCACUGCCUUCUAAUGGAGCAAUUCCACCACCUCCCCCUCCUCCUCCGCCACUUUUGAAUGGCUUGGGAGUUUCUCUGGCUGGUGGUGGUCACCCUCCACCACCACCUCUCGCAGGCCUGCUGGGAGCACAGUGGUCUCCACCUUCAUGUACUUUGCCAUUUGGAAUGAAGCCUAAAAAAGAAUUCAGACCUGAGGUUACCAUGAAAAGACUCAACUGGUCCAAGAUCAGACCUCGGGAAAUGACAGAAUCAUGUUUUUGGGUUAAAGCAGAAGAGGACAAGUAUGAGAAUGCUGAUAUGCUUUGCAAAUUAGAACUUACUUUUUGUUGUCAAAAAAGGGUAAAAAAAGAGGAGGAGGAAUUUGAAGAAAAGAAAUCCAUUAAGAAACGAAUCAAAGAAUUAAAAGUCUUGGACCCAAAGAUUGCACAGAAUCUGUCAAUUUUCCUUGGCUCUUUCCGAGUGCCGUAUGAAGAAAUCAAAAUGAUGAUACUGGAAGUUGAUGAAACACAACUGUCAGAGUCCAUGAUUCAGAAUUUAAUAAAACAUCUUCCUGAACAAGAACAAUUGAAUGCAUUGUCCAAGUUCAAGAAUGAGUAUAAUAAUUUGUCGGAGCCAGAGCAGUUUGGAGUUGUGAUGAGCAGCGUGAAGAGACUACAGCCACGGCUCAGUGCUAUUCUGUUUAAGCUUCAGUUUGAGGAGCAGGUGAACAACAUCAAACCUGACAUUAUGGCUGUCAGUGCUGCCUGUGAAGAGAUAAAGAAGAGUAAAAGCUUUAGCAAGCUGCUGGAACUAGUAUUGUUAAUGGGAAACUACAUGAAUGCAGGUUCUCGGAAUGCACAGACCUUUGGAUAUAAUCUCAGCUCCCUAUGUAAACUGAAGGACACAAAGUCGGCAGAUCAAAAAACAACAUUGCUCCAUUUUCUAGUAGAAGUCUGUGAAGAAAGCUAUCAGGAUGUCCUGAAUUUUGUUGAGGAUUUUCAGCAUUUAGAUAAAGCUAGUAAAGUCUCAGCAGAAAACCUGGAGAAGAGCCUGAAGCAUAUGGAGAGGCAACUCCAGCAGCUUGAGAAGGAUUUGAAGACUUUUCCAGUUCCUGAAGAUAAGCACGAUAAGUUUGUAGCAAAAAUGUCAAGCUUUCUGGUUCAUGCCACAGAAGAUUUUCAGAAACUUUCACGGAUGCAUGAGAACAUGGAAAAGCUUUAUCAGAACGUGAUGGGAUAUUAUGCCAUUGAUCUGAAAAAAGUUUCAGUGGAGGAGUUUUUAACGGACUUAAACAACUUCCGGACAAUGUUCAUGCAAGCAGUAAAGGAAAAUAUGAGAAGGAGAGAAGCAGAAGAAAAACAGAGGCGUGCUAAAAUAGCUAAGGAAAAAGCAGAAAAAGAAAAGCAAGAGAGGCAACAAAAGAAAAAAAGCUUAUUAGAAAUGAAAACAGAAGGUGAGGAGACUGGUGUGAUGGAUAGCCUGUUGGAGGCCUUGCAAUCAGGUGCAGCUUUUCGAGACCGAAGGAAAAGGGCACCGAGAUCUAAAGACAUACUGCAAAAUCUCAGUCCAACCACACAGCGGCCUGUGCUGAAAGCUUGUAACCAUGAGAACCAGAAAGGACAACUAGAGAAGUCAUGUUCGCACCACAGUAUCAGUUUAAACCUGACAACAAGCCCAGUCCCCAAAGAAGCUACUUGUGAUGUUGUAGCAAGUUCUGCUGUGUGGAAUAAGCCUGUUGGGAAAAAGGAAGCCUGUCACGGAGAAAGCAACAGAGAAAAGAAAACGGGUCAUAUGGGAUCUGCUAAGGGAGAAGACAUUCCAGAAGUAGAAGCCCUCCUGGCAAGACUGCGAGCACUAUAGAAUAAACAUAUCAAGGAUUAAGUCAGAGCUUUAAACCAGGCUGUAAGAUACUACAUCUUCAAAGAUAGAUACACUCAUUUUCUAUUAUUGACAUCAAAUACUUCUGAUUUCCUAACUUCUCUAUGGCUGAAUGAUCUAUUUCUAAGCUGUUUGUUUGCAAGGCUGUACAAAAUAAUACUAUAAUUUUGCAUAACUGCAAGAUGAUUUCUAUGUUUUCACCUACUUAGCAUACAAAAAUAUCAGAAGAAAACAGAUCCUAAAUUAUUCCAAGGCACAAUCCCUUUCAUGGACAAGCUGUUGACCACAUGUUUUGAGAGCUUCACAAAAUAAGAAUAUCUUUUAAAUAUUGUUAAAUCAUUAUGCCUGGAAAUCAGGGUCAGUAAAUAACAGAAAAGGUAUUCUUUUAUUUUCUACUCCAAUUUCUAUACUUAAAAGGUUUUAGCACCUAAAAAGUAGUAUUAUAGCAUCCACUGCAGUUAGAGUAAUAGGAAAUAUGUAUCAUAAAUCAGCAUAUUCCAG